AUGAGGCCCGGUAGAGCUAUGUCCACCCACGAAAUUGUCGAACGCAUUGCAGCUGCUUGGAUUGAAGGCCGACUAGAAAAUGUUCUAGAGAGGCAGAAGCAGCUAGCCGUUUUGCAUCAGUCGCUUCACAAGAGGAUUGCUAUCUUUGUGCGCGCCCUUCAACAAGACACCAACUGCUCUUCCGAUCUGGCGACAUCUGAAAUUGUCGUUGCCCUUGACAAUAUCAAUUCCUGGUACGAGCGACUCGAUUUUCAGGACACAUUGCGAAAUGAACGAAACAUAAAACACGAAAAGGGACCGGCGACUUUCCAAGUGCCUCUGGGCAGAACAUUAAUUGUGCAGUCAUUUUGGUCUCCAAUAAUUUCUGUAUUGAGUCCUUUAGCUGGCUCACUAGCAGGUGGCAAUCCGACAAUCGUUCUCGGCUCCCAUUUGUUUGCAGCAACCAAUAAACUCCUCAAAGAGAUCGUGGAGGAGAGCCUGGAUGUAGAGGCAUUCCAUUUCGAACCAUCUAUCGAUACAUCAGACCACGAGGCUUUCACGAAUGAACAGUUUGCAACUGUUGUUCUCCACAGUCAUGAGGCGAGUGAGAGAUUUGGUCCGCUUGUGCGAAAUACCAAUCCUUCGGUUCGGCUGAUCGAGCCAUACUAUGGAAUUCCAGCGGGUAUAAUUGAUCGCAGUGCUGGUGGCUCCCUGGACGCGGCCUUUCAGCACAUCAAUUCAAGUUUGCAAGUGUCCGGUCUGCCAAGCAAUCCACUGAGAAUUCCUCGACUCUUCUUCGUCGAUGAGGCUCUUGUGGAGGUCUUCAAGAAGAAGUUUCCUGUUCAUUCUGAGAAGUCAGUUGGCGCCCUUGAAUCCUUGCUUCGAAAGCACUAUAGCGAUCUCGUACCAAGCUUUGCGGCGAAAAACAAAAGCGGGAUACAAGCGUCUACAUUACCUAGAGUGGAGAAUAUCGCCACAGUCAAGACGGACAAAGGCGCCGAGAUCAUCUUGGUUCCCACCAGGAGUUUAGACCAUACGAUAGAUCUUCUGAACAAGAUCAAUGGCGGCUCGGGCGCCCAGGCAGUCUAUAUCUUCGCUGCCGGUAAAGAAGCUUUCUAUCUAGGAAACUUCAUCGCCACAUCGCAGGUGUACAUCAAUGAGAUACCGAUACGUUCUAUUGUCGGUGCAAACGGCCGUUCUGCCUACAAUCUUGAGGACUUCACCGAGACGAAGACCAUGGUGCAUGCUUCAGCAUCACCCCCACGCAAUGUUUCUCUGCAAGCCUCAAAGCUCAACACCCAAAGGGUGAAGCAAGCCAACGGUGGCCGUAUGUCGUACUUCGAACAAGGAUUGAUACUGGGUCUCGCAAUGGGCCUGGUCGCCUUGACUGGAAUCGGGUACGCUGGUUAUCGUGGUCUCGGAAAAUACCUUAGGCGGUGA